AUCGCGCACCAUGGCACCAGUAACGCUUUGCGGGCUUUAGCCACUUAUAAACCGUCGGAUAUUUAGACCGGACGGUUAAGAUCACGCCCCGUAUCAACCGUUAGUUAAGGCGGGUGCCGGCCGUAUUCCCUUCCCGUGUGGGAAAUGCUGUUUCAGGUAUGCGUUUGGCAACUUCCUUUCUUCAUUAGUAAGAAAUCCAAUAUAAGGCGGUUUAUACAGGACUGGAAUCAAUAAAGAGAAGCGUGGCACCACUAACUUUCCUUUUUCCCACUACUAUACAUGCACAACCAGAUCCUCAACACAAGGGAAACUAGUUUUGCGUUGCGAGGAGAGACUUGAGGAAGAGCAUACAGCUUCCCCUCUCUCUCUUUGCAGACUGAGCUCCACAAUCAAACCUUAAAAAUCUGCUUAAGUGACUGAAUCAUGUUUGGGUAUGGUGGAAGGAGUGAUAACACCAAGUAUUAUGAGAUUCUUGGUGUCUCAAAGAAUGCUAGUCAAGAUGAAAUGAAGAAGGCUUAUAAAAAAGCUGCCAUAAAGAAUCAUCCUGACAAAGGUGGAGAUCCUGAGAAGUUCAAGGAGCUGGCUCAUGCUUAUGAAGUUCUUAGUGAUCCAGAGAAGAGAGAUAUUUAUGACCAAUAUGGUGAAGAUGCACUUAAAGAGGGAAUGGGAGGAGGAGGUGGGAGUGGUGUUCAUAACCCAUUUGAUAUAUUUGAAUCACUUUUUGGCAGAUCUUUUGGUGGGGGAGGCAGCUCAAGAGGAAGAAGGCAGAAGCGAGGUGAUGAUGUAGUACAAACUCUGAAGGUUACCUUAGAGGACUUAUAUAAUGGAACAACCAAGAAACUCUCUCUUUCUAGAAAUUUUAUGUGUACUAAAUGUAAAGGGAAGGGCUCAAAGAGUGGAGCUUCUGGGAUGUGUUAUGGAUGCCAAGGUUCAGGAAUGAAAAUUACAACACGACAGAUUGGCCUGGGCAUGAUUCAGCAGAUGCAACAUAUCUGUCCGGAAUGCAGAGGCUCAGGUGAGGUCAUCAGUGAGAAGGAUAAAUGCCCACAGUGCAGGGGAAAAAAAGUAUCUCAAGAAAAGAAAGUGCUGGAGGUACAUGUUGAGAAAGGGAUGCAUCAUGGCCAGAAAAUAGUUUUUGAGGGUCAAGCUGAUGAAGCGCCUGAUACGGUUACUGGAGAUAUUGUUUUUGUAUUGCAACUGAGGGAUCACCCCAAGUUUGAGCGGAAGGUUGAUGAUCUCAUUGUGGAGCGCACCCUCAAUUUAACAGAGGCGCUCUGUGGAUUUCAGUUUGUCCUGACUCACCUUGAUGGCAGGCAACUUCUGAUCAAAUCAAAUCCUGGCGAGGUCAUAAAGCCUGGUCAAUACAAAGCAAUCAAUGAUGAGGGAAUGCCACAGCAUGGUCGGCCCUUCAUGAAAGGCAAGCUUUAUAUCCAUUUUAAUGUGGAUUUCCCCGACUCUAGGAUUCUUUCCCCUGAGCAGUGCCAUACUAUAGAGACCAUACUUCCCUUGAGGUCAAGAAAGCACUUGUCUGACAUGGAGCUUGAUGAGUGUGAAGAGACUAUUUUGCAUGAUGUCAAUAUGGCGGAGGAGGAGAAGAGGCGAAAACAGCAGCAGAGAUAUGAGGCAUAUGAAUAUGAUGAAGAUGAUGAGCCAUCAAUGUCAGGUGUACAAUGCGCUCAGCAGUAAGUGAAAGACUGCCUUGUUUGCAAUGGUAGCUACAUCAGCUUAUUACUAUCCUCACAGAUCGGCGUUUUGGAUUCUGCCUAGUUUUAUUCUUUUUACAUAUAUAAUUUCACCUAUAGUUACCUGCAUAUGGUUUGUGCGCUAUUUGUCACCAUUUGUUACGAGUAUGAUGGUAUAUUUCAGGUUCUAUAUGUUUUAUUGCAUGUGCUUUUGAGUUAUCUCAAAUGAUUUGCUA